AUGACGACGCCGUUCGAUGACGAUGCAACCACAGCUUCCAUCGAAUCGGCUCACGACGAUGAUAUCGACAUAUCAAAGGCACCGAUAGUAGUGUCCUGGACCGGCGGUGAUGACCAAGCGCAAUCGUUGAGCCAUUCGUCACUCACCCACGAUCACGUCACGUUCGACGUCCACUUCGACGCAGAAUCCCAUACUGCCUUCUUCAAAAUCACUGCCAACCUUGCUUUCAAGGGCAAACGCAGCAGAUCCAACAUCUUUCUGUUCAUUCACCCCGAACGCAUCCGAUCCCUGGAUUUUGUCGAGCAAGAUGAUGAAUCCGCGUCCACGUCCAAGAUCCUUGGCACAAGCACCUACUCGCUGCACUUCGUUCUAAUCGAGCCUCCGGCGCUCGUCGUGCCGAAAGAUGACUAUGUGCCCAAGGGCGAAACGGCACGCAAUACACUUCAGGCUCUACAGGCCCUGUCUCGAGUGACACGCUUCCGCUUGGAUUUGCCGUCGAAUGUCCUGGCCAAGCAGCGUUUGCUUGCGCUUUGUGAGAAGGCUUCCUCUGGCGAAUCUCUCAAAACACUGCCUGGUGCCGCGAACCUGGCAAAACUAUAUGGCGGAAAGGGAGGUCAGGUCAUCCAAAGCGGGCAGCCUGUGACGACUGAAGUGCGGUCUGGUGGGGAACCGUCCGGGAGCGCUGAAAGGGCAUCCCAAUCAGCCCCUCCCCACGGAUUCCCACGGCAAAAGGACCCCGCGCCCAGUAGGCCUGCGGCGGCUGAAUUUCCUCCGUCUUACGAUGACCUCGGCCAUUCUCCACCAGUCUAUCCGCCUCCUAGCAACAAGCGCCGUCGUCUCGAUAGUCCAGAGGAUACGAGUCAGUCUGGACUGAAGAUAGAGGAGAUUUGUAGGCAGGGGUUCAGCGAAAUCGGUCGUCGGCUGGACCAUAUAGAAAAGCAACUUGGUACUCUGGGAUCUCGUCUGGAUCGGGUUGAGCAGCGCAUGUCUUCAGUAGAGGGCUCCUCGGGUCAACAAUCACACCAACGCUCGAGUGAGCACAGUGAUCAGGGUGGAGAUGGGCUCGACCAAAGGGUGGGGUGCGUGGAAGAGCGCGUGACAAGUCUCGAGGGAAAGCUAGAGUCCGGCUUAAGUGAGCUGGCAGAGAACGUCGACACCCAGGUCACUGAGCUGAGGUAUGAUUUUGACACCACCACCUUGAUUCGCAUAGAGGAUGAGAUGGGCGUCGCGCAGACGCAGCUUGAGGAAUUUGUGCGAGACGAACUCCGCAAUGUUGCUGAAGAGAUAGAUGAUACAAUUAGGGAGAAACUUCGAGAUGCAUUAUCAUAA